UGGAUGAUUGGGUAUUAUGCCGGAGUUGGGAGAUACUUUAUUUGUUGCUGUUGUAUCUGACUUGAGUAAGAGCCCUCUCAUAUAUUAUGCGGCUGUGUUGAAAGUCUAGGUACCUAGGUAGUAAUGUAUAUAAGAUGCUACGCUCCUGAACACAAACGAGCCUCUCGGUGUUCGUCCCCCCCACAGACAACUUAUACCUGAAUUCAGCUUUGAAUCCUAGCAAUAUCAUCCGCGGGGUUUUGUGUAAUCAUGUUGAGCGUAGCACUAAGUCCUACGGCUGCGGGCCUAGCUGUGGUGGUAAUGGGAAUCACCUACUGGCUUGGCUGGUGCAUAUACUGCAUAUGGUUUCACCCAUUAUCCAAGUAUCCCGGACCAAGAGCCGCUGCCGUAUCUGAUAUAUGGUUUGUAUGGGCCUGGACUACCGGGAGAUAUCCACACAUUUUAGACGCUGCUCAUAGGAAAUAUGGAGACGUCGUCCGCAUAUCUCCGAACGAGCUCUCCUUCGGCACAAUCCAAGCGCACCGGGACAUCUACUCCACUCCCUCUAAGACGAAAAAGCCGUUCCCAAAAUGCGGCAUCUUCUACAACAAUGGCGAUGAAUCCAAUAUCUUCUACGAGCUAGACCCGGCCGAGCACGCGCGCAUGCGGAAGACGCUAGCCCCGGGCUUCACCGGCGUAGCUAUGAAGACCCAUGAGCACAUCAUCCACCAAUACGUUGACAUGUUCGUACACAAAGUCGGGGAGAUAUGCUCCAUGAGACGAGGUGCCGGUGUCGACGUUGUAGAAGCGGUGCCGUGGUUGGCGUUUGACGUUAUGGGCGAGCUGACAUUCGGCGAAUCCUUCAAUGCCGUCGCAUCGGGGCAGACGCACUUUUGGAUCUCCAUCCUAUCCGACAGCGCGCACGCCGCCAUCCUGCCGUCCUUCAUCCGACGUGCGCCCAGCCUAAUUCUCAUGAUCCCUUUCAUGCUCUCGCUCACCGCGCUGCGCAAUCUAAAGAAACAUUAUUCUUAUACCCUCGAGACCGUACGACGGCGAAUAGCGCGGUCUGACACGGCUGAGCGUGAUAUCUUUACGCCGGUGCUUGAGCAAGAGGGCGGGAUUACUGAAAGGCAGCUGGUGUCGCUUGCGCAGGCAAUGAUUAUCGCAGGCGCAGAUACGGUGACAACGGCUAUGACGACCGCGCUGUACUUUUUAUGCGCGACGCCGGGGUGCUUGGAGAAGUUGGAGAGGGAGGUCCGGGCACUGGAUUAUGAUCAGCUUACCGGGGUUGAGGUGACGCAGAUGAGGUAUUUGGACGCUGUGAUUGAGGAAGCGAUGCGAUGCUUCCCACCACUCGCAUUCGGUCUCCCGCGCGUCUCGCCCGGAGAGUUUGUAGACGGGUACUUCGUGCCGAAGGGGGCCAGGCUUUCGGCACCCCACUGGGUUCUUAACCACAACCCCCAGGUUUGGGAUAAUCCAAAUGAGUUCAGGCCCGAACGAUGGCUGAGAGGCGAGAAAAGCAAUCCCGACCAAGUAACUUUCCCGUUUAGUACCGGGCCGAGGAGUUGUAUAGGUAUGGCGCAAGCUAAUUUGGAAAUGCGAAUUACGCUGGCGAAGCUGGUCCAUACUUUCGAUAUAAAGGCCGCCCGAGACCCUGGCGAUUGGAUUGGAGAUGCGCAGAUGAAUAUGAUGUGGAAAAAGGCGCCUCUUAUGGUGGAUUUCCGGCCUCGGAACCGGGACGGUCUAGAUUAUGUCAAAAAGCAGUAGUGCAAGGGUCGGUGUUGAAAACAUGUCACAGGAUAUUGAAGGGGAUUCCCAAAAACAAAAUUUGGACGAAGACUAUAAAGGGUAUUAUUGCGUCUUUGC